AUGUCUGAAAUAAUAGGUGAUAAAACUUUAAAAUCAACACACAAACCCACUUUUACUCAUUACAACAAUUAUACUACUCAUAAUGGUAAUAGUAGCCAGAGAGGCAUAGAUUAUGCAGCUGCCAACGAAUUGCCAACUAUCAACAACGAUCGUUUGCUGAUAACAAACAUAUCACGUGAACGCGCCAGCUCGUUUCAAGAAUCAAAUAAGGUAAACAGAGAAUAUGUGUAUCAAAAAAAUGAGCAAGAUGUGUGUAAUAGUAAAACACUUUUAUACAAUCCGAAUAAUACUAGUAAUAACAUAUCACAUGGUCGUCAUGUUAACGUCAUGUAUAAAAGUACUGAAAGAUCAGUAAAUCCCACCCACUUAAAACAAAGCCAUAGUUUCAAGAAAUAUCGUUUAACGCAUACUUUAUCAGAAGAAAACCGAACAAAUAUAAUGCCUUUAACACUGAACAAAAUGAAUCCACCACAGUCAUUACGUCAAAUAAUAAGUUUGAAAAAAUGUUUACAAAUGCCAACUGAAUCCAGUUACAAUCAACACACUAAUUAUGAGCUACAAAAUAAAAGGGGAUCAAAAUACUCUAACAUGUUAGAACCUAAUUCUUCCAUUGACUGUGCUAUAUUCCAUCAACCUCAUCCAAGUAUGCAUAGUGAAAGACGUUAUUCACGACAUUUGAAACCACUAGAUGCAUGGCAGAGUAGACAGUCACAUAGUAUGGAAAUAGUCAACACGACUGCCGCUAAUCAACGUUCAUUGUCUAGUCCACAAAAACGAGGUCCACUAUCCAAGCAAACAGCUAUACGUAAAUUACCACCUAUUUAUAGUCGAUCACUUCAACACUCCACAUGUUCAUUUCCCGUUCAUUGGGGUGGUUUUCUCAGUGGACCAACACUAUCAUUGACAUCAGCAUUUGAUUCAUCGAUUUCCCUAGAUUCACAUGAACCGAUACAACCAAUAUUACUACUACAACAACAACUGCAACAAAGAUCACAACAAUCUUACCGAGGCAAAUUUUCGGCUUCAAAAGAACACGCCUAUUCAGCUUCAGAAUCACCUCAGAAUUUAAUCCCACUAGAGGAAUCGUUAACCAACAGCCGACAUAUUAAAAGUUUACACCAAUCACGGAUAAAUUUAUCACCUUCAUCAUAUAGUCAUCAUAAUGGCAGUAAUUUAACACAACCAAUUACACGUAAAGUUCACAGUUUUGAGCUGAAUUCCAAUCCACGCUAUCAGCAAUUAUUACCCGAACUUGUUAGAAAUAACUCAGUUCUGUUAAAAGUCAAUGACAUCCAUCAAUUAGGCCAUUCAACCCAUUCAUCAAGACGUGGUUCAUCAAACAGCAAUAAUUCUGUAUUUUUAUCCAAAGAAUGGAAAUAUUCUAAAUCCAAGUUAAGUAGUGAAUUCUCACCUGUUCAAAACCCAAUAUCGCCGUAUAGUAAUGACAACAAUAAUAAUAAUGACAAAAUUGUACAGCAAUUAAUACCACAGAACUGUACAGCAAAACCAUUGGAGAAACUUAUCCCACCAGAUCUUAUCUUCAGUCCGGCAUCACGACGUGCUUCAAUGAUGGAUGAAGAUAUAUCCGGUGUCCAAAAUUCAAUGCUGAAUGUUACAGGUGAUUUAAAAGAAUUCUAUUUGAAUAACUUAGAAUAUAAUGAUAACAAUAAUACUAAUAGUACUACCAAUGCUACUGAGACAAAUAUACUAAUUGAACCACUUCACCACCAGAACUAUUCAGAAAUUAAUUUUCCAAAAAACAGGAACAACACAAAUUCAUUUGCUAAAGACAACACUGAAGUAAAUAAACUGAUGCCAACUCACUCAUAUGAAUCAGAUGGACAGAAAUAUUCAUCGCCUAACCAUUACUGUUUAAGGUAUGGCAGACACAAAUCAGCAGACACCUUUGUUUCAAAGAAUGGAAUAAAUACCAUGAGAGAAUUUUAUUCGCACAGAAACAGUGCUAGUGUUCAUCAAAACACACCACAUUUAUCAAGAACUUAUCUUAAAUCAGAUCAACAGAGUUUAACACCACCAGGAUCCCAAUUGCCUGUGUCAAUCAACAAUGGUUAUAGAAACUCCUCUGAAUACCAAUCACACCUUCAUAUAGCAUGUCGUUCACAAAUAGAUAUGCGAAAUAUCGACAAUGGAUGGGAUACUAUGGAUCGAUUUGUCAACAAAGACAGUAAUAGUAAUCUCACUAAUAGACAUCAGCAUCAAGCACCAAAUUUCAACCUGACAAACAACUCCAAAGAAUCAUACUUUUUGAAUGUUAAUGAUGAAAAAGAUGAUAAUGUAAUUACUGGGAAAGAUAACAAUGAUAGAAGUAAGAUGAGAAUAUCGGCAAAUCGGAUAAAAUCGUUAUCGGAUGAAGAAUUCAGCGACAGAUCAUUACCUCGAUCAUCAUCGUCAAUUAUAACAACAACAAAAACAGAUAGUAGACCAAAAAUGAAAACUUUACAAGGUGAAGAUUACCUCUUCAAAAGUACACGCGGCGAUAAAACAAAUAUCAUUGACCCACUGUUGUUGAAGCCAUCCUUAGGACCAGUAAUCGACAGCAGUGAAGAAAAUACAAGUGAUCCGUGUGAAAAUGAUACUUAUCUCUUAGAUAGAUCAGAACCAGUGAAUAUUUCAAAGAAAAUGAUAAUGAAAUCAGCUAGUAGUCUUUUACAGUCAACAUAUCAACAAAGAAAUAAAAGCUCUACAAUGCUAAAUACAAACAAUGCUGAUAAAAACGAUAUCGAUAGUCAUGCAGCUAGACGAAGGAGAAGCUUCUUGUUAACCUACUGGCAACAAACUAUUCAACAAGAUGAUGAACAAAGUAAUGGAGAUACCUGUAACAUUUAUGAAUCAUCUGAUGAUGACGACGACGACAAUGAGGAAUUUAGUAAAGACAAGAAUAAAUCAAAUAGAUAUGAAUCUACAGGUGGAUUAAAUGACUACAGAAGUAAGCAUCAUAACAGUAACGAAAUUGACAAUGAUAAUCUUCAUAACAGUGUGAAAGACUCCACAUUAUUACACAUUAAUAGAUCAGUAAACAAUACACGCUGCAAAUCAAGUGAAUCAGGACUGAACUACUUUAACAAUAAUAGUAGUAUAAGGAAUAAUAACAAAAUUUACACUAGACAAGAACCUUUAUCAAUGUACCAUCAACAACAAGAUAACCAUAACUAUCACAAUACAAGAAAAUCUCGAAUUAAAUCAAGAUACCAAUAA